AUGAGAGGGUCUGCAGAAGAGUCGUAUUCCCUUCUCCCUUCCUAUUGUUAUGAGUUGGAGCGUACAAAUCCGGGAACUUUGACAUACAUUCAGACUGAUGCAGCCGACCACUUCUUAUAUUUUUUUAUGUCAAUUGGUGCAUGCAUACGAGGAUUUAAGUCGUCAAUGCGGCCCGUGAUUGCUGUUGAUGCUACCCAUUUGAAGUGCAAGUAUAAAGGUGUUUUGUUUGUUGCGACCGCAUUUGACGGAAAUCUCAACAUAUAUCCUGUUGCCUUUGGGAUUGGAGAUUUGGAGACCGAUGCAGCAUGGGAGUGGUUUUUGAGAAAAUUACAUUGUGCAAUUGGUGAUUGCUCGAAUCUUGUUGUCAUAUCUGAUCGCAAUGUUAGCAUACAACAUGGGUUGCGUAGAGUUUUUCCUGGGGCAAGCCAUGGUAUUUGCUUUUAUCACUUGAAGGGCAAUAUGAAAGCCUCAUUUCACUUGAAGCAACGGGAUCCGAUAUUGGGGUAUUUUAUAAGGGCAGCGAAGUCUUAUCGUCUAGCGGAGUUCAAUCGUCACUUCUCGAUGAUAAACAAUGAGCGAGUGCGAACUUAUCUACUACGUGCAGGCGUUCAGAAGUGGUCUCGGGCCCACUGUGAUGGACGACGCUAUAAUGUGAUGACAACGAAUAUUGUGGAGUCCAUUAAUUCAGUUCUUCGUUUUGCAAGGAUGCUUCCGAAGUUAAGGAAGAGGUUAGACGCUGCGUCAAGGAUGAAUGUGGUCAAAAUCAAUGAUGUUGAGUAUAAUGUUCUGGAUGGUGAUUUGAACGGUCUGGUGCACUUGGCAAACUGUAGUUGUACGUGCAGGAAGUUUGACUUGGAGCAACUCCCGUGCAAGCAUGCUAUUGCGGUAUGUCGGCACUUGAAUUUGAACCCCUACUCCUUUGCCUCUUCUUAUUAUACACGAGCUACAUGGGCAGCGGCAUAUGCUGAAUCUAUUUAUCCUGUACCACCUAAAGGCACAUGGGUUAUUCCCGAACAUUUGAACAAUGUCAACAUGCUUCCUCCUGUUUUUGUUCAGUUUGUACCUCAGUUGUCAUCAACUGUGAAGUUCAUGAAUAGGUUCGGUGAUGCUGCAUACAUGGAAGUCCGUCAAUUAAACGGUCAUGUGAAGCAUAUGGAACAAGGUAACAAGUUCCUUGCAAUGAGAGCCUAUUAUUAG